GAUGAAAGACCUAAUCAAGCAGUCAAUUCCUUCACUCGUUUAGGUCACCACUCACCAACAAACACAACACAAACAAUUUCUUACGAUCUUCUCUUUUCAACUCUUCUCAAAACUUCUCCUUGACAGAACUCCAUGGAUAACCCUUCCAGACCCGUUACCGGCUACCCCGCUCCCAACCAAAAUGGCCAUCCUCAUCCUCCUCCCAACGCCGCCUACCCUUACGCCGCUGCACCCCCGCCCUCUCAGCCCUACGCCUACAACCCUUAUUACCAAGCCCAAACUCCUAUUUACCGCCGCCCGGCCUUUGUCCGUUCCUUCCUUAUCACUAUGAUCGCCCUCGCUAUCAUCUUUGGUUGCAUUCUAUUCAUCUUCUGGCUCGUCGUCCGGCCACGUGUCCCCGAGUUCCACAUCACCUCUCUCUCCGUUUCCAACUUCUCUACCAAUAACUCUCAACUUACUGCCAAUUGGGACGCACGCGUACAGGCCUAUAACCCCAAUAAGAAAAUGAGCGUCUACUACUACGACGUCUUUUCCGCAAUUAACUACAAUUCUGUUACGUUGUCGCGAACACAAAUGCCUCCUUUCGAACAAGGCACACGCAAUCAGACGGAAUUGACCGCCAAGUUCGCGGUGGUUGGUUCGUAUAUUGAGGAGAAAUCGGUGAAUAGUAUAAAUUCGGAGAGGAGUGGUGGAUCGGUGAAGUUUGAUUUCAGGCUGGAGGCUUAUGCGAGGUUCAAAUACGGUGGUUGGAGGAUGAGGAGGAAGUGGGCUAGGGUUUGGUGUGAUGACGUGGCGGUCAGUCUUUCGUCAAGUAGUGGAUCGGGGAACUUGGUGGGUGGUUCCAAGAAAUGUAGGGUGGCUAUUUAGGUAUGUUUGUUUGUUUGGGUGUUAGUUUUUAGCAUGUAUUUAUGUUGAAAUGUAGCUAGAUUUUUUCUUUUUUGGAUUUAAUGUAAUUUCAGGAUGAAUUAUAUAUGAUAUGAUGUGAAUCAAUGCGGUAUAGAUGUACAUGGAUUAGGGCUUGGUGGCUGUAUAGUCUAUGCUCUUAUUUAUUGCUGCAAUUCAAUUGAAAAUAUUUUUGGUUGUUCCUA